CCAGCAUCAGCAUCACCAUCAUCAGCACCAUCAUCAUCAUCACCACCAUCACCAUAACCAUAACCAUCAUAUCACCAGCAUCACCAUCACCAUCAUCACCAUAACCAUCACCAUAACCAUCAUAUCACCAGCAUCACCAUCAUCACCAUAACCAUCAUAUCACCAGCAUCACCAUCAUCAGCACCAUCACCAGCAUCAUCAUCACCAUAACCAUCAUAUCACCAUCACCAGCAUCAGCACCAUCAUCAUCAGCACCAUCAUCAUCAUCACCACCAUCACCAUAACCAUAACCAUCAUAUCACCAGCAUCACCAUCACCAUCAUCACCAUAACCAUCAUAUCACCAGCAUCAUCAUCACCAUCAUUACCAUCAUCACCAUCAUCAUCAUCAUUACCAUCAUCACCAUCAUCACCAUCAUCCAUCCCUCCAUUCAUCAUCUCCAGCAUCAUCAUUACCAUCAUCACCAUCACCAUCAUUACCAUCAUCACUAUCAUUCCCAUCAUCACCAUCAUCAUCAUUAUUACCAUCAUUACCAUCAUCACCAUCACCAUCAUUACCAUCAUCACCAUCAUCAUCACCAUCCAUCCGUCCAUCCAUCAUCUCCAGCAUCAUCAUUUUAUAAUUAUAAUAAUAAUAAUAAUAAUAAUAAUAAUAAUAAUAAUAAUAAUAAUAAGGAGGUUGAUAUUUGGAGCCAAUGCACCCCAGAAAAUAAUAAUAAUAAUAAUAAUAAUAAUAAUAAUAAUAAUAAUAAUAAUAAUAAUAAGGUUGAUAUUUGGAGCCAAUGCACCCCAGAAAAUAAUAAUAAUAUCAACCUCGCAAGGAAAUGACCCCACACUUGGGGAUGAUGGGAUUUGUAGUACCAAAAAGCAUUGCUUGUGAGGGGCCUGCCCCGCAAGGCGAUGGUUCCCGGCUCUGGCUGAGCCCACAGCUGCCGGAAUAUGCAGCCCGGAGGCCUCCUGGGCAGCGGAAAGGCAGCGGUCCGGGCCGAGGAAGACGAGGAAGAGGAGGAGGAGGAAGAGGAAGAGGAAGAAGGGGAGGAAGAGGAGGAAGAGGAAGGCCAGGGCGGGGCUGCCCGGCAUGGUGACGACCACGACGCUGAAGGUGGCGGUGCUGGGCGCGCAAGGGGUGGGCAAGACGGCCCUGGUCCGGCAGUUCCUCUACAACGAGUUCAGCGAGGCCCCCUGCGCCCCCACCAAGGCCCGGCGCCUCUACCUGCCCGCCGUGGUCAUCAACGGCCACGUCCACGACCUGCAGAUCCUCGACUGCCCACCCAUCGCCGCCUUCCCCGUCAACACCCUCCAGGAGUGGGCGGACGUCUGCUGCCGGGGCCUCCGGAGCGUCCACGCCUACAUCUUGGUCUAUGACAUCUGCUGCUUCGACAGCUUCGAGUACGUCAAGACCAUCCGGCAGCAGAUCCUGGAGACCAGGGUGAUUGGCACCUCGGAGGCCCCGAUCCUGGUGGUGGGCAACAAGCGCGACCUGCAGCGGGGGCGUGUGAUCCCGCGCUGGAACGUCUCCAACCUGGUGAAGAAGACCUGGAAGUGCGGCUACAUCGAGUGCUCGGCCAAGUACAACUGGCACGUGCUGAUGCUCUUCAGCGAGCUGCUCAAGAGCGCCGGCUGCCCCCGCUGCAAGCACCUCCACACCGCCAUCCGCUUCCAGGGCGCCCUGCGCAGGAACCGCUGCGCACUCAUGUGACCCAGGGGGGGUGCCAAAGGGGCCCCGCGUCCGGGGGGGCAUCAUGGACACUGCCUCCACGAAACAGGAUGGGAUCGGCCCUUGAAAGAAGGAUGGGAUCGACCAACCCUCUUGUUUACAUUGCAGUCGGGUUUGUUACCCUCUCCACGAAGCAGCUGCUUCAAUGGUCUAAGGAAAGGCUCUGUUAUCUUGAUCUCAUCCAUUUGGUUUGUUUACCCGCUCCACGAAGCAGCCCUGUCAACCAUCUUGGAAGGAAGGAAGAAGUCUACCAUCUUGGCUUGCUCUGACUCCCAAUUUGUUUUCUUGCGGUCUCCACGAAGCAGCUGCUUCAACGGUCUUGGAAAGACUCCGUUAUCUUGAUCUGUUUCCAUUUGGUUUGUUACCCAAUCCACGAAGCAGCUGCUUCAACGUUCUUGAAAGACGGAUGGAAUCGACCGACCCUCUUGUUUACAUUGCAGUCGGUUUUCUUACCCUCUCCACUAAGCAGCCGCUUCAAUGGUCUUGGAAAGGCUCUGUUAUCUUGAUCUUAUUCCGUUUGGUUUGUUACCCAAUCCAUGAAGCAUCUGCUUCAACUGUUCCUCCAUACCUCACAACCUCUGAGGAUGCCUGCCAUAGAUGUGGGCGAAACGUCAGGAGAGAAUACUUCUGGGACAUGGCCAUACAGCCCGGAAAACAUACAACAACCCUGUGAUCCCGGCCAUGAAAGCCUUCGACAACACAUUGCUUCAAUGGUCUUGGAAGAAGGAUGGAAUCCACCGUCUUGUUUUGAUUCCCACUGCGAAUGAUCUUGGAAGGAAAGCUACUACCAUCUGAGUUUGGUUUGUUACGAUCUCCACAAAGCAGCCGCUGCAACGGUCUUGGAAAGACUCUGUUAUCUUGAUCUGAUUUUAUUUGGUUUGCUACGCUCACUGUGAAGCAGCUACUUUGACAGUCUUGGAAGGAAGGAAGUCUACCACUUUGGCUUGAUCUGAUUCCCAUUUGUUUUCUUGCCAUCUCCACGAAGCAGCUGCCGCGACAGUCUUGGAAGGGCUCUGUUGUUUCGAUCUGGUUCCAUUUGUUUCCUUGGCGUCUCAGCAAAGCAGCUGCUUCAAUGAUCUUGUAAGAAAGGAAAUCUACCACCUCGGCUCAAUCACAUUCCCAUUUGUUUUCUUGCCGUCUCCACGAAGUAGCUGCUUCAGCAGUCUUGGAAAGGCUCUGUUGUCUUGAUCUGGUUGCAUUUGUUUUCUUUCAAUCUCAGCGAAGCAGAAGGAAGGAAGGAAGGAAGGAAGGAAGGAAGGAAGGAAGGAAGCAAGGAAGCAAGCGGCCUGCCAUCUUGAUUUUCUUCAGUUCUAUUUGGUUGCUUCCAUUUCCACGAAGCAGCUGCUUGAACCGUCUUGGGUGGAUGUUUCUUUCCAUCUCAGUGAAGCAGAAGGAAAGAAGGAAGGAAGGAAGGAAGCCAUCUUGAUUUUCUUUGAUUCUAUUUGGUUGCUUCCAUUUCCACGAAGCAGCUGCUUGAACCGUCCUGGGUGGAUGGGGAACCUAUCGACUUGUUGUCAUGCCGUUUGGGUUAGUUAACGCUCCCAUGAAGCGGCUGCUGAUGGAAAGGGGCCUCCCAGUUGGGUUUCUUGCUCCUUCCGCUUCAAUUGUACUUUGUCGUGCUUCCAAGACGUUUCCUCACCCACUUCCACACCUUUUUUUGGAGAACUGGAUCCGGACCGGAAGGCGAAGGACCUCCAUUGGGUUGCUUUAAGAGGGGAAACCUUGGGGGUGAUGCUUCAUUUCUGGGAGUUUCCAGGGACCGAUUCAGCUCCGCCGUUGCAUCCGGAGAAGGAUUCAGAGGAUCCGCUCCGGGUUUUGGCUCCAGCUCCGAAGGCUCCGAAAUACUUUGGGGAGCGCCUUGAAAACCCGGAAUGGAUCGCCCGCUUUUACUCUCCCGGGAUGGCAAUAAACGCCCCUCUUUUUGGACUUUGAAUAAAGUUACUUUAAUAAAAUUA